AUGGAAGAGCAGCCGGACAGUAAAAAUCACCGAGACUGUGCUACAACAACUACCAGCAGCAGCAGCAGCGAUGGAGAAAGCGUCCCCGUCUCCCCCAGCCACGCGCCGUCCUCGCCUGCAGCGCCCUGCAUCCUGCCCAUGCCCCACCACCAGCCGCAGCCGCAGCAGCACCGCACCACCAACUUUUUCAUUGACAACAUCUUGAGGCCAGACUUUGGCUGCAAGAAAGAGACGCUCCUGAUCGUCGGCGGAGCAGCAGGAGGAGGUGGUGGAGGCGGCGGCCGGGACAGCAGAGACCGAGAUCGCGGUCAGACAUCAGGUAGAGAAAACGUCAACCCACUGAUAACGAGGCCAUCCAACCCGUCCUCUCUCCUUUGCCCGGAUUCAAACUGUAACCCCGACAGCUCCUCCUCGGCGCCUCCUGCUGCAGCUGCUGCCUCUAAAGCGAACCCCGCCGCGGCAGCAGCGGUAGCAGCAGCGGUAGCGGCAGCCAAGCCACCCUCCGAAGGGAGUGGAACUAACCCGGCGAAGUAUGGGGAACACGCCAACCCCGCCAUCCUGCUCAUGGGCUCUAAUAAUGGAGGACCUGUUGUAAAGAGCGAUUCUCAACAGCCUCUAGUAUGGCCUGCCUGGGUUUACUGCACUAGGUAUUCAGACAGACCAUCUUCGGGUCCGCGGACCCGGAAACUGAAGAAGAAGAAGAACGAGAAGGAGGACAAGCGGCCCAGAACCGCCUUCACCGCCGAGCAGCUGCAGAGACUCAAGGCGGAGUUCCAGGCCAACCGCUACAUCACGGAGCAGAGGCGGCAGACCCUGGCCCAGGAACUCAGCCUGAACGAAUCCCAGAUCAAGAUCUGGUUCCAGAACAAGCGGGCCAAAAUCAAGAAAGCCACGGGCAUCAAGAACGGCCUGGCGCUUCAUCUCAUGGCCCAGGGACUGUACAACCAUUCCACGACCACGGUGCAGGACAAAGAGGAGAGCGAGUGA